GAAGUUUACGAAGCUCCCAAACGGGCCCUGCCCCUGCCCCUGCCGCUAGCGGUUGAACCCGUGGAACUUCGUCUUUCUCGUCUCCCCCAAAUCGACAAGCAGGGCGGGCGGAAUUCCAGGGCGAGCUCCUCGCCCCUCCCCCUCCCUCCUCACUCGGCAAGUCGCCGGCGCCCAGCGCCCAGCGGCCAGGCCGUUGCCCCCGGCCCUCCUCCCGGCCCCGAAUUUCCAUCCCGCGACGCCGACUUCCCAAUCCUCGGAUCUCUCGCCAGCCGUCUGGUCGCUCCCAAAGUGGUAAGUUAGAAGAUCCACUGGACCAGCACAACGAGGAGACCCAGGCCAGAGAGCAAUCCUGCUGUGAAGUAGUCAUCUAUGUCAUCUAGGAGUAAUUCAAAGAGGCUGCCCUCAGAUGACAAUGUUGCCUCUGACGGAGGACUCCGACGUCAAGAGUUUUAUCUGAAUGGACCUUCCCUGGACCGUGCUUCCAAGCGUAUCACCGAGGGUGUUCUGUCCCCUCCCAACUUGAAAAACUCACAUAAGAGCAAGGGGAGCCACCAGUUGCAUUCUGAGGCAUCAGGAAGUAACUCAAGAAAGGGUGAAAGCAAUCAUGGGAUACAUGUGUCAGCAGGGGAUGAUGAUUUGUCAACCACGCAGAAACCAAGGAAAGUGAAGCUCAAAAUUGGUGGAAUCAGUCGGACCAUACCGGCAAAACCAAACCCUGCUAUACCAGAUUCCAGGUCUUCAGCUGCAAAGCCUACACGGCCAGGAGAUUCAUCGCACCGGCAAAAGCAUGGUAAUCAGACUGAAGGUGCCAAAGAUUCAAAUAGGUUGCCCUCUUCUCAAGACAAGAAAACAAGAAAGCUGAGGAAAAUUGAAGAUACCUUGACUCCGGAACAACCUGCCAAAGUUCAGAGAGAAGCGUCUUCGGAUCCUGUCCGGAAGAGUAGAAGGAUUGCUAAGAAAUCCAACAUGGACAGUGAAUUAGAUGAGGAAUAUGGUUUAAGUACUCCUGAAAAUCAUGGAGCUUCUAAUGAUAAUGAGGGUCAUAUUCGUGAACCUAAAAACAAAGGAGGGAGUAACCCUAAGAAGAAUGCCUCGAAGAAAGACCGGAGCAGGAGCACAGUUUAUGAGGUUGAUAAUGAUUUUGUUACACCCCAAUCAAAUAGAGAUGGCAAGAAAAGGUCAAGAGAUUCUACUGAUGCUGAUGAGGAUAAUGCAGAAGAGGAGCUGGCCUCUGAUAAUGAUCUUGAAGCUGAAAACAAGAAGCAGAAAGCAGUCACUGAAUUGUCUGCCAGUGUUAAGAGUGAACCUCUCACAACGCGUCGCCGAGCCCUUCAAUCAUGGAUGGAUGGGAACAGCAACAGUACCAUUGAGUUCCCCGAUGGUUUACCAGCAGCUUCAUCAAGAAGCAAGAAGGAAAAGCUCUCUGAUGCUGAGAUGCUCGCGAAGAAGGCUGAGGCUGCUCAGCGGCGCAAGAUGCAAGUGGAGAAAGCCACUAAAGAAAGCGAGGCUGAAGCUAUAAGGAAAAUACUGGGCCUGGACACCGAGAAGAAGAAAGAAGAGAGGAAGCAGAAGGAGCGAGAGGAGAAGGAGAAGGCAGCCAGAGCGCAAGAACUCGCCAGGAGCUCCAUCCGGUGGGUCAUGGGGCCCACAGGCACGGUGGUCACGUUCCCUGAAGAAGUAGGCCUCCCCAGUAUCUUCAACUCCAAACCCUGCAGCUACCCUCCACCGCGUGAGAAGUGCGCCGGACCGUCUUGCACGAAUGCGUACCGGUACAGGGACUCGAAGCUGAAGCUCCCCCUCUGCAGCCUGGAGUGCUACAAAGCUGUCCGCGGGAGCGCUUGAUUUUGAGGACGCCGGGGUGGCGUCAGAGGUCCCUAUUUUCGCAGCCGCAUUCAUUCAUGCACCUUCACAAUAAGAGAGGACGGCCAGUCCUGACGAUGCAAAUUUGUCGGUUGGUCGAAUAAGCGAGUUACAUAAUAGUUACACAUAGCUCUGUGGGUAAAAGAUUAUGUGUACUGCACCAGUUUGUUUUACUACACCGUCGAGAUGUACUGAACCAGUGAUGUUACCGGAUGGUUUCUAAGUAUAGAUAUUACACAUACAUAUAGAGAAGGCAGCAGACAAAGAUAGCUUCA